AUGCGUUCCAUCCUCGCCCUCGCUAUUGCAGCGCUGCCAGCUACGCUCGUCGCUGUCAAACUUCAAGGACAGAGCUUAAACGCUCUUCUCCCACGUCAGGAUGCUUUCGACUUCCCUGUCCCAUGCGGCAGCUACCCAAUUGGUGAUCCGAAUCCAUGCGAGACAGCCUGUGGUGAAGGAUUCUUGAUGUGCGCACCGGCUGGGAGCUGCUUCGACAAUGCUGGUGAUCCUGUGGUCGCUGAUGAGACUCGCUUGGUAGAUGUCUGUCCUCCAGACCAUUACUGCAGCGAGAAGGGCUGCUGUCAGAACGGCAAUACGCUUGAAGAAUGCGGUGCAGCGGCCACUGUCGCCACCGUUGUCGGAGUCGUCAAUACUGGCUCUGCCGCGCCUCCAAGCUCUUCGAGCCCACCUGGCUCUCCUGCGGGAUACGAGCCGACUUCAUCAGCAGUGCCUCCACCACCUCCACCUCCACCAUACGGCUCAGUGACUUCGGACACGAGCGUUCCAACAUCGCCUCUGCCGCAUCCCUACUCUCCAACGACCAUCACCGAUUCUUGGUCAUCGACAGUUCCUGGGCCUUCAGGCUACCCACCAGUGACCUCGGAUUCUUGGUCAUCCAAACCCUCUGAGCCCUCUGGCUAUCCCCCUGCCAUCCCAGAUACACCCUCAUCGUCUCCAACUCACCCAAGCGGCUAUCCACCCAUCACCUCAGACUCGUGGACAUCCUCGCCACCUUCGCCAUCUGGAUACCCGCCUAUCAGUCCCACCGAGCCAUCUGGAUACCCUCCUUACAGUCCCACUGAGCCAUCUGGAUACCCUCCAGUCAUCACUGACUCGUGGUCGUCAUCUCCAAGCAUCCCGCCGACGCACCCAACAGUUCCAGUGUAUCCUUCCAAUGGCACGAAUGGUACUGCUCCAUGGUAUCCACCACCGCAGCAGACUACCAAUGGCGGGGCGAAGGGAGAGGUUGCUGGUUGGACCAUCAGCGGGUUGACCUUGUUGGGCCUGGGUUUCUUUUUGUAA